AUGGCGUCCCUGCAAGGCAAAAUUAUCACCGUCACUGGUGCCGCCUCUGGCAUGGGAUUGGUUAUAGCACAACUCCUUUCGAGCCGAGGGGCAAUUCUUUCGCUGGCAGACCUGAACGAAGCUGGCCUGGAGAAAGCGAUCGAGACGCUCUCUGGAAAAGGGCAUAUUUAUGCCGUAGUUGACGUACGCAAGAGUGACGCAGUUGAAAGUUGGAUCAACAAAACAUUCCAGGAACUGGGCAGGAUUGACGGAGCGGUGAAUUUUGCCGGCAUUGCUACUGCUGCCAAGCUCAUGGACACGACGACAAGUGACUGGGACUUGAACAUGGAUGUGAAUGCUAAAGGCGUCUUUCACUGUCUCAAGGCUCAACUUGGGAGAAUGAAAGAUGGCGGAAGUAUCGUGACCGCUGCAAGUGUCGAUGGGCAGAUAGGGUGGCCAAUGCUUGCUGCCUAUUGCGCCAGCAAACACGCCGUCAUCGGUUUGAUGAGGGCUGCAGCAAAGGAGCACCCCGGAGUAAGGUUGAAUUGCGUCUCGCCAGGCUGCGUGGACACCCCAAUGACUGCCGACGAGGAAGUCUCAGCGUCUGAGCUAGCCUCUCAGACUAUCAAGCGAAAAGCAAAACCGAUCGAGAUCGCGAAUGUUGUUGCUUUUCUGUUGAGCGAUGAAGCAACGUUCAUCACUGGAGCUGUUUACAACGUGGACGGAGGUUGGCUAUGUUGA